GAAGCGAUACUCAUCAGAACUCAGGGUCUCAGCGGUCAAAAGUCAAAACCUCCCCCCCAUAAUCCCUAAUCAGAAAAAAAUCCAAUUUCCCCUCCCCCAUAUCAUAAACCCUAGCCAUAGCAAUUGAAUUGUCCCGGAGAAGGUCGCCAAGAUGGGAAAGAAACAGCACAGCAAAGAUCGAAUGUUCAUAACGAAGACGGAGUGGGCUACCGAGUGGGGCGGCGCUAAAUCCAAAGAAAAUCGUACCCCUUUCAAACGCCUUCCCUUCUAUUGCUGCGCCCUUACAUUCACGCCCUUCGAGUUGCCUGUAUGCACGAAGGAUGGCAGCGUCUUCGAUUUAAUGAAUAUAGUUCCCUAUAUUAGAAAGUAUGGGAAGCAUCCGGUUACUGGGGCUCCAUUGAAGCAGGAGGAUCUUAUCAAUCUUACUUUCCACAAGAACUCUGAAGGGGAGUAUCAUUGCCCUGUGCUGAACAAAGUUUUUACUGAGUACACACACAUAGUUGCUGUGAAGACUUCAGGAAAUGUUUUCUGUUAUGAGGCAAUUAAAGAAUUAAACAUCAAGACCAAAAAUUGGAAAGAGCUUCUUACAGAUGAACCUUUCACUAAGGAAGAUAUAAUUACAAUUCAGUGUCACUUAAUGAUUAUAAGUUCCUUCUCGUAUUGCUGCUCAUGUUUGCAGAAUCCUAAUGCACUUGACGGUAAGGUUACCCUGGAUUUUGAUCAUGUAAAAAAUAGUUUGAAGGUCGAUGAUGAAGAACUAAGGAAAAUGAGUUCAGAUCCAACUUAUAACAUUAAUGUCGCUGGGGAUAUCAAGCAGAUGCUAGCAGAGCUUGGAACUGACAAAGCAAAGCAAGCUGCUCUGCUUGGAGGUGGUGGGACCAAGGCUCAAAAUGAGAGGGCUGCUGCUCUUGCUGCCAUUUUAGCUGCCAGGUCUCGCAUUAAAGAGGAUUCCAAGUCAGAUGCAAAUGGGGAGAGUAAAAGUCAACCUGCGUUUAGUAUUGUAGAUGCUGCAUCUGCUUCAGUACAUGGAAGAAGUGCUGCUGCAGCAAAAGCUGCAUCAAGUGAUAAAACUGCUGCUCGAAUUGCUAUGCACAUGGCUGGAGAUAGGGCACCUGUGAAUGCUAAGAUGGUGAAGAGCCGUUAUACAACUGGUGCUGCUUCACGAUCCUUUACUUCUACCUCCUAUGAUCCUGUUACCAAAAAUGAAUUUGAGUAUGUUAAAGUUGAGAAAAAUCCUAAAAAGAAAGGUUACGUUCAGCUGCAUACAACACAUGGUGAUUUGAACAUUGAGCUGCACUGUGAUAUUACUCCAAGGACAUGUGAGAACUUCAUCACUCUUUGUGAUCGAGGCUAUUACAAUGGAGUGGCCUUCCAUAGAAACAUUCGGAAUUUCAUGAUUCAAGGUGGUGAUCCAACUGGUACUGGGAGAGGGGGUGAAUCCAUAUGGGGGAAGCCUUUCAAUGAUGAACUUAACUCUAAGUUGCUUCACUCAGGAAGAGGUGUUGUUAGUAUGGCCAACAGUGGCCCUCACACAAAUGGUUCGCAGUUUUUCAUUCUAUACAAAUCUGCAAAUCAUUUAAACUUCAAACAUACUGUAUUUGGUGGAGUUGUUGGUGGCUUGACGACACUGUCAGCUAUGGAGAAGGUUCCUGUGGAUGACAAUGACAAACCUCUGGAAGAGAUUAAAAUAGUUAGUGUCACAGUAUUUGUAAAUCCGUACUUGGAACCUGAUGAAGAGGAAGAGAAAGAGAAGAGCAAUGGUGACAAGGCAGCUGAGGAUGAAGAUAAUGAUAAGAUUGGGUCGUGGUAUAGCAAUCCAGGAACAGGAACAGCAGAAUCCGGAGCUGUUGGUAGUGGUGGUGUUGGAAAGUACUUAAAGGCUAGGCACACCCAAAGUGAGUCUGCUACUGCUGAUACCAAUAUAACAGCAAUUUCUGUAACGAAGAAAAGGAAAGCCACUCCUGGAGAAUUUAAAGAUUUUUCUGCUUGGUGAAUGAUGAGGUUUCUUAAUGCACUUCUAUCCUUUGAAAUGAUACAACAUGUGCCUUGGAGCUUGGAAGCAAGUGAUGCUCAAAUUUGAAUUUGCCAUUUCUGCAAUACUGCUCUAACAAAAACCACUUCUGCAACACUAUGGGAGUAAGAGAUUCAAUGGCAGAAUUCAGAUGCUGGUGGUGGUAGUGACAGUCAGCAUACUGAAAUUAUAUUUUUCAAGUUGGUGAAAAGAAGAGGAGUGAAAAACCAGUUUCAUAACUUUCCGUUUGUAAUUUAGCCUCUGUAAAAGAUGUUGUAAGGUUGAGACAUUUGAACACUGCCAUUAUUGGCCAUUAGUGUUAAGAUUUUUUUUUUUUUUAAUUUUCAAGGUGUUGACCCAAUAAGACGGUUGAUUGGCCACGUCAAAGCCAUUGCCCGUUUGUUAGGUCAACCCCAAAUUCUUUUGAAUAUUAUUCAAGAGAAAAUUGUAUUCUAGGACAGUUAAUAAAAGUAAAAUAAUGAAUGGGAAACGCAUUUACUAAUA